AUGCUCCCGUCGGCGACGCCGUUCCCGCCGCCUGCCCCACAAAUUCAGAGCGAGGUGGCGGUGUUCAUCGACAUCGUCGAGCGCCAGCGCUACCACUGGUUUCUCGACCAGUUCAACGAGCUAGGGAUAUGGGGGCUGAUGAUCCCCCACCGCUGCUUCGCCGCCGAGUAUAGCGACCGGCGCCCCUACCUAUACCUCGCGCUACUAGCGUGUUCGCUGACCCACUCCCCCGACCUCAGUCCCGUCGUCGAGGCGCAACUGGCGCAGAUCGCCGAGUUCCAUCGCGCCACCGAUAUCGGCCACACCGAGCGGGCCCAGCGCACGUUGCUUGAAGUGGUGAUCCUGAUUGUGCUUGUCCUCUGCGGCAUCGCCGGGCGCGACCACUUGCUGCCGUAUUUGCGGGCCGUGUGCUAUAACCAGGGCCAGCUCUACGAUGCCCUAGCUUCUCCCGUGGCGGCGGCGUGCGCUGACUCCAUUGCUGCUGGCUCUGACGCCAUCGUAUGGGCGCUGGCAGUGCAACUGGUUACGAUACUAAAAUACUUCAUUGGAAAGAAAUUCCAGUUGGCGACGCCAGUAGCGCGAGCAGGGAUCGCUGCGUACCCCGCAGGCCUCGAUGUCCCCAUUCCUCCGCCAAUGAUGGCGCUGGUAUUUUAUUUGAACCAGUUUGAAGUGACAGAGCUCAAUCUGGGGUUUGCCCGGGCUCAAUUCCCUCAAUUGAGCCAAAGCUCCCGAGGGUCAGUGGCGGGAUUACUGGACCUGUUGAAGCUUAGACAACUUGUGUGGCACUUGAUUAAGCUUGAGUAUGUCACCAAUAACCCUCAGGACAGUUUCCGGUUCGAUUUGACGCCUCCCAUUGCCCUUCAGAGAGAGCAAUUACCUACUCAGGGGGAGUCACACACGCAUCAACCAAUCGUGCACACGUUUGCUUUACCUCAGUUACUGGGGAUAGACGAGUACUACCCUCCCCCAUCAGUAUUAGCAAACCCUAAAGGGAUCGCCAUAAACUUAUUGAGAGAACACGCCAUCGCCACUGCCCACGCCCAUGACCCUCAUGUGAUUCGUGACUGCCGAUAUCGCGGCCAGUUUGUCAUGAGGAUGAUUGACGAGCUGUCUAUGGAUCCCAACACCAAGGCUAAAUGGCAUGGCUACUUCGAUUGGACAAUAAGAUGA